AUGGCCCACGUAUCAGAUAUUAAACUGAUAAGAACAGAUACUACACUUGAUCUUAGCCAAAAGGCCGAGAAAGGUAUGCUUUAAGAUAUAGCCCAAUGGCCUUAUUUAUAGCUAUCUUCUCCCAGAACUCUCAAAUCUUCCAAUAUGGGACUAAAAGAAUUAACGAAGCCGCCUAAGUUCGACCAGUUCGUUCAGUCUCGGCGGACCCAAUGAUCUCGACCGGCCGUGCAAUAGGAACAUUAGUGUAAAAACCUAAACAAGGGAAUGAACAGUCUAAUCAAAUUGCACGCUGGAAACCAAACAAAAAAUCGCUGCCAUACUUGUUUUGGUUGAUGAUACGCUCAAGAACAUCAGUUUCUCUCUGAGAAAGUACACGCAUUACGAUAACGAUCUCAAAUAUUUUGAGAGUAUUAGUUACAGAGAAAAAAAAUCAAAAAUUGAAUUCAGGAAUCCAAACGGAUCAACAAGAUUACCCCAUCUUUGUGUUUCAUCUAGUUCAAGAGCGGAUGCAUCUACAAGUAGGGCUCUCUCUCUCUCUCUCUCUCUCUCACUCCGAAGAGCGAGCUCUCGCAGACCCAAGAUGUGCCUUAUGCCGUUGACUUUCUUGGUUGUUGAAGACGGUGGCGUCGCUGACCUGUAAAUUACAGGUUAUACGGGGCGGCGGAGGCGCAGACGGCUUCCAUUGUCAAAGCCAUAGUUUGUCGCUGGGAGGACGGCAGAUUGCUGUUUCUGAGAAAUCAAACGGGCCCAUCAUGAGAACCCGAAGCUCUUAUCGGGCCCUUUCUUAUCUGAUCAAAAAGGCAAAGUUAGAGCCCUCUCUCGUGUUCUGGUUUUCUUUUCGAAACGAAUUUUGAGGCCCAAAGUGUAGGAAGAGCCCAAUAAGACCGCGUUUCCAUUUUAGGCCAGAUAAUUAUAUUAUAAAUAAUACAUCUAUAUAUUUAAAACAUUAUUGUUAAAAAAGUUAGAGAGAGAGAGAGAGAGAGAGAGAGAGGGGGGGCUUCGUUCCCGAGAUCGGGAGGAAUGUUCCCGAAGUUUUCCUGUUAUGGAAAGAUAAUAGGACCGCUCGGUCCGAGAGCUUCUACUCCACCUUCUGCUACACCCCCGGCAAGGUAAGCGAUUUGAUCCACCUCCUCCUCCUCCUCCUUCUCAUCGUCGUCAUUGUCAUCAUCAUCCUCCAUCUUCUCCCUCUGGUGUUUAAUUUUUAUUAUGGUUGUCUUUCCCCUUAACGCAUUUCUUCUGACUUGCCCGAUUUUCUGCUUCCGUCUCGCCGAUCACGAAGUGAGUCCUGGUCGCGGCUGUUGCGGCGGCGAAGUUGCAGGCCAAUGGAUUCGGAUAGUGAAGCCUUUCAUAUAUCUCUGAUGUGCUUGUAGUUUGCGUCGUCCACUGAAGCAUCGAGGAGUAAUUUUCAUGGACGUCCGCAUCGUGGAAAGUAGAGUUUCAGAAAUGUUUCGAAAGAGAAUUAUGUGGAUCUAUCCUAGAUUUUCGGAUUGACGGGCUCAUUGAUGAAAAAAAUCAGAUUGCCUCACAGAUUAAGAUGCGGGGAUAUACCUGA